AUGGCCAGCAGAGCCCCCGUUCCCGCUGGUCUUGAACCUCCUGCCAGCGAUGCGCAAUCCUGGUUCAUUCCCAACGAUGCCGUCACGGACUGGUCAACCAAACCCAUCGCCAGUGGUGGCUUUGGCGAGGUGUUCACGGCUUCAUACUACGGGACCAGAGUGGCCGCCAAGAGGCUUCAUUCCCGCUUCAAUGACCAGGCGCUCGUCUACUUUGAGCGGGAAAUUGGCAUCUGGCAUCGCCUCAGUCAUCCACACAUCCUGCCCCUGCUUGGUGCUUGUGACAAGGACGCCAGCGGCAAGUCCAUCCACCCAUUCAUGGUGUCGCCGUUCAUGCCCAACGACACCCUCCUCAAGUUUGUCUCGGAUCCAAGCAACCCCCGUUCCGUCAAAGAGAAACUCCGUCUCCUCUACCAAGUCGCCGCCGGCAUGUCUUACCUCCACGGCAACAGAGUCGUCCACGGCGAUCUGAAAGCCGUCAACGUCCUCCUGGACGCCUCAUUCAACUCGGUCAUCACCGACUUUGGCCUCUCCCGAACGAAACACACAUCUGCAUCAGCCGCACGAGUCAAGGGUUCCAGCUCUUCUGGCGGCACCCCAGGCUAUAUGGCGCCAGAGAUGCUGGACGAUGAGCCAGCCGGCAGCUCGAAGAAUACCGACGUUUUUGCGUUCGCCAUGACCAUGUACGAGGUGCUCAACGAUGGUAAGGAGUCCUGGAUCACCAAGGACAAUGCUCCGAUGAAGCAAGCCCAGAUCAUAUCCCAGCUACUCCAACACAAGCGUCCCAAGCAGUUCCCUGGCAUCCCAGACGACAUUUGGGCUCUUAUCGACCGCUGCUGGGCCCACGAACCCACAGACAGACCCUCGUUCCCGGACAUCCUU